AUGUCCUUUUCCACCAAAACAUUCAUCAUCUACCUCGUAUCCGCUUUCUCCGUCGCAAUCCUCUCCGCUCUUUACCUCACCCAAACAACCAACCGCCACGAAAAACCAUCUCUAUCUCUUCCUCUCAACCCCCUUACCGGAUCCAAAACCGUUCAAACAUGGCCCGAACUGAAAGCUAGUUGGAGACUUGGUUUGGCCACAGUUAUUGGUUUUCUAGGAUCUGCGUUUGGAACUGUUGGUGGUGUUGGUGGUGGUGGCAUUUUUGUUCCUAUGCUUACUCUUAUCAUCGGUUUCGAUACCAAGUCUGCUGCAGCUCUUUCCAAAUGUAUGAUAAUGGGAGCAUCAACAUCUUCUGUGUUUUAUAACCUACAAGUUCGUCAUCCGACGAAAGAUGUUCCGAUAUUGGAUUAUGAUUUAGCUCUUCUUUUUCAACCUAUGCUUAUGCUUGGUAUAACUGUUGGUGUUGCUCUUAGUGUUGUUUUUCCUUACUGGCUCAUCACUGUUCUUAUCAUUAUUCUCUUCAUAGGAACUUCUUCAAGGUCUUUCUUCAAAGGAACUGAGAUGUGGAAAGAAGAAACUCUUCUCAAAAAAGAAAUGGCUCAAACACAAGCAGCUUUUGUUAAUUCUCGUGGUGAACUUCUAAUUGACACGGAAUAUGAUCCAUUGGUACCUAGAGAAGAGAAGACACCAAUGCAAAUCUUUUGUUCUAACCUUAAUUGGAAAAGGAUUUUGAUUUUGAUGGUUGUUUGGGUUUCUUUCCUACUACUUCAAGUCAUUAAGAAUAACGCCAGGGUCUGCAGUGUGUGGUAUUGGGUCCUUUUCUCCUUACAGUUUCCUAUUGCGCUUGUUGUGUUUGGCUAUGAAGCAGUGAAAUUGUACAAGGACUACAAGAAGAGGAUGAGUACAGGAAAUCUUGAAUGUAUCUGUGAAGCUUCAAUUGAAUGGACUGUGUUGCACAUUGUGUUCUGUGCACUCUGUGGAAUCUUAGGUGGGACAGUUGGAGGAUUACUUGGCUCUGGUGGUGGGUUUAUCUUGGGCCCUCUUCUCAUUGAGAUUGGAGUUAUCCCUCAGGUUGCUAGUGCAACAGCAACAUUUGUGAUGAUGUUUUCAUCAUCCUUGUCUGUGGUUGAAUUCUACCUACUCAAGAGGUUCCCUAUUCCCUAUGCAUUAUACCUCUUCACAGUGUCUGUUCUAGCUGGAUUUGUGGGACAGUUAUUUGUAAGAAAAUUGCUUAGAAUUCUCGGAAGAGCUUCGAUCAUUGUAUUCAUCCUUUCGGGGGUCAUUUUUGCAAGUGCUCUCACAAUGGGUGUCAUUGGCAUUGAGAAGAGCAUUCAUAUGAUCCAGAACCAUGAGUUUAUGGGAUUUCUAGGCUUUUGCAGCAGUCAAUAG